CGCCAUGUACACCUUCGUGGUCCGCGACGAGAACAGCAGCGUCUACGCCGAGGUGUCCCGGCUGCUCCUCGCCACCGGCCACUGGAAGAGGCUGAGGCGGGACAACCCCAGGUUCAACCUGAUGCUGGGGGAGAGGAACCGGCUUCCUUUCGGGAGACUGGGUCAUGAGCCUGGCCUGCUGCAGCUGGUGAAUUACUACAGGGGGGCCGACAAACUGUGUCGCAAAGCUUCUUUAGUGAAGCUGAUCAAGACAAGCCCGGAACUGGCUGAGUCCUGUACCUGGUUCCCUGAGUCCUAUGUGAUAUAUCCGACUAAUCUCAAGACCCCAGUUGCUCCAGCGCAGAAUGGAAUCCAGCCACUGGUCAGUAACUCACGGACAGAUGAAAGAGAAUUCUUCCUAGCUUCUUAUAACAGAAAGAAGGAGGAUGGGGAAGGCAACGUUUGGAUUGCAAAGUCAUCAGCUGGUGCCAAAGACCAUCUGGCCAUUGGUCCUCAUUUCUAUCCCUGGGCCAGUAGACCUCACCUUCUUUUUCCACCAGCCAUGAGACAGGAGGGCGUCACCUGGGAUCUCCUGAGAGUGGGAGAGUUGGACUCUUGCCACCAGCCAGGCGAAGGCAUCCUCAUCUCCUCAGAGGCGUCAGAGCUUCUGGAUUUCAUAGACAACCAGGGCCAGGUGCACGUGAUCCAGAAAUACCUCGAGCGCCCUCUGCUACUGGAGCCAGGGCACCGCAAGUUUGACAUCCGAAGCUGGGUCUUGGUGGACCAUCAGUAUAAUAUCUACCUCUACAGAGAGGGUGUUCUCCGAACUGCUUCAGAACCAUAUCAUGUGGAUAAUUUCCAGGACAAGACCUGCCAUUUGACCAAUCACUGCAUUCAAAAGGAGUACUCAAAGAACUAUGGGAAGUAUGAGGAGGGGAAUGAAAUGUUCUUUGAGGAGUUCAAUCAGUACCUAAUGAGUGCUUUGAACAUUACCUUGGAAACUAGUAUCUUACAACAAAUCAAGCAUAUAAUAAGGAGCUGCCUCAUGAGCGUGGAGCCGGCCAUCAGCACCAAGCACCUCCCUUACCAGAGCUUCCAGCUCUUUGGCUUUGACUUCAUGGUGGACGAAGAGCUGAAGGUGUGGCUCAUUGAGGUCAACGGCGCCCCGGCUUGUGCUCAGAAGCUCUAUGCAGAACUGUGCCAGGGCAUCGUGGACUUAGCCAUAUCCAGUGUCUUCCCGCCUCCAGAUGUGGAGCAGCAGCCACAGCUAGCUGCGUUCAUCAAGCUGUGACCGACGGGGCCCUCAGAGCUGCCUCGGGAAAUGCACAAGGUCCUGCUCCACGGCGAGGCGAGAUGACCGGACUACUCCAUAGCAAGCCGAGCUGGGAAAGAGAGGCAACUUGAACAGUGUGACAGAAGACAGCAGGAGAAGAGGAAGCGACGCCCGGAGCUGGCUGCUCAGGGAGCUGCCCUGGGGAGCUCUCAGCAGUGCUGUUGCAGUGGAGGAAGCUGAGGCACAUGUCUCUGAGCGGGGAGCGGAAUGUUCAUCUGUGGGGGCGAAGGCAGGGCUUUGGUGCCUGUGUGUUCUCUUCCUUGGGAGGUCUCUGCUUAGGCGGCGCUGGGGGCAGAGCUGUCCUCCCACGUGUGGCAGACUGCGGGGCUGCUGCUUGGUCUUUCCACCCACCCGCUGCAGCCGUAGUGCCUUAGCUCUGUGCCCAGCUGCAGCCUGGCUUUCUGGGACACAAAGUGGAUGUUAGAGCACUUUGGAGCGGCCCAUAUGUCCCUGCUCGUCCCCAUCGCGAUACUCUGUCCUCCUAAACUCUGGACAAGCAUGCACCAACAGUCCUUAGUUUCGUGCCGUGUGUCGGCCUCUCUGCGGAGGCUGCUGUCCUCAUCUCCUUUCCGGUGGCGAGGGGUCCAGCUCCUGUCGGGGGUCCUCUGGAUAGGGCCCAAACAGCACCCACUGUGCACUCUCGAGCUGCUCUCUGCAUGUUUCAGAAACAAAGCAGCAAGUCUGCCAAGCUUAGAAGCCUCAAAUAAGCAUGAGAGAGGACAAACCAUACAGUAUCUUGCUUUACUUAAGAGGUUGAACGUGUGUGUGAGGGGGGUGUCUUUGAAAUAUGACGAUUCUCAGUUAUUUUUGUUUUAAUCAGAAUGCUAACUGCAGACCUGCAAAGUCUCCUUUCCUUCAAUUUUUAAAAAUUUAUAAAAUCUUGAGAGUCAGGGAGAUAGAAUUCCAUGCCUCGUAUCCCCUCCAGAUGGCCCUGGCCAGACACAGGUGUCUUCCCCUCUUUUUGGUUUCCUUGUGCUUCAAGCACCUUCUCUAAGAGCUGGUGGGACGGGUUCCAUCCCAAGAAGGAUUCUGAGUCUGCUUGUGCCUGGAAGCGUCGGGAGAGAGGCUCUCUGAGUAAGUGUGUGUCCUACCUAGAUGGGAAAGAGGCAGUUCCAGAGCUCCUUGCAGCUUCUUGUAAGUUUCAACAAAGGUAUACAAAGGUAUACAAAGAUGUGGUUUCUCAGUACCAGAUCAAGUGAUAUUUUGAUCCACAGAUCGCGGGAGGCUUCUUGGGAGGCCACGUCCCUAGCAGUGGAAAGAUGUUUUUUGUCAUCACUGUGAUCCAAAUACUUAGGCUUUUCUUUUUUUGAGACAAGGUCUUGCCGUGCAGUUCAGGCCAGCCUUGAACUCACUUCUGUAGGCU